GGGACUUCGGAGACCGGCACACGACAGAGAACCUCGUGGCGCUGGCGGAGGGGACGCUGGUGGCAGGACACCCGCAGGAGGCUGCUGCAAGACCUGGGCUGGCGCUGCCCAAGGGCCCCCACGCGCCCCUGAGGAGGCAGAAGAGGGACUGGGUGAUCCCUCCCAUCAAGGUUCCCGAAAAUGAGAGGGGCCCGUUCCCCAAGAAGCUGGUUCAGAUCAAAUCCAACCGUGACAGAGAGUCAAAGAUCUUCUACAGCAUCACGGGGCAGGGGGCAGACACUCCCCCCGAGGGCGUCUUCACCAUCGAGAAGGAGACCGGAUGGAUGAAGGUGACGCAGCCGCUGGACCGCGAGCACAUGGACAAGUACCACCUCUUCUCGCACGCCGUGUCGGAGAACGGGCAGCCCGUGGAGGAGCCCAUGGAGAUCAUCGUGACGGUGACGGACCAGAACGACAACCGGCCCGUGUUCGCCCAGGAGGUGUUCAGGGGCUCGGUGCCCGAGGGCGCUUUGCCAG